CUUCAGGAGUUUAUGAGGACUUUGUUUUGAGUUGAUGUUGAUGAGACUGAAUCAGUUUGGCAAUACAUGCUUCUUGAAGAAGACUAGAGCAGCGGUUUUCAAGGCAGCCAGACCGAACUCGACCAUCCAGAAAUCCUAACCACAAGACCGUGUUAACCGGAGGACGAGGAGAAACGAUGUAUGUGGACCUGAACAUCCCAUGGCCAACGAGUCAUCUAACCAGUCUACUCCAGACAACCGCCUCAACGGGCUCGCGAAAGGGGAAACAAAAGGCGAACAACACCACGAGCAACACGAAUGGAAGCUCUUCUAAGACCAAUACGCUGGAUAUUUGGAAGGGCGUUUCUCGGGAAGAACGGGAGGGACUCAGGGAGACGGUGGAAUGUGCGAUCCGACUCGGUUACAGCGUCGUUGCGUUCAACCUCGUCAUCCCUCAAUCCCUCGACCCACUCCAGCUCCAGCCUCACUUCCCAUUCCCUAGCGAUGCGCCUCCCUUCCCGGACCUCGAUCCACGCACCGUCGAGUCUGAUGGGUCCACCAAGACCGUGCUCCAGUUGAGUCGAUUGACGAUGGUCAUGGAUGAACAUGUGGCCGGGAACGCCAAAGGCGUCUUCGGAUUCUCGAAAUCUCAAACCAGUUAUCUUGGUCGUUAUUCGCUUCUCUCAGCUAUGCCUUUAGACGCCGCUAGCUUCGCACAUGCUUGUCUCUCCCUCUCAGCUCCCUCGCCGACAGGGAUCGAUCUGAUAAGUUUCGACUUAGGCGCCUCGCCCAAACUUCCGUUCAUCAUGCCACUUUCGACGGUCUCGAAUGCCCUAAAGCAAGGCGUGUUAUUCGAAGCGAUCUACAGUCCAACGACGAGUCUAAACAGCUUCCGUUCGCACUCGAGCAGCGGGCUGCCGGUCUCCGCAUCCUCCUCCACUUGUCGUCGCAACCUCAUCAGCGUCCUCAAAGAGAUCAUCCGGGUCACCAAUUGUGCACAUGGUCUCGUCGUCAGCUCUGGGGCUGCUAGAUGGGCCGAACUUAGAGCGCCUGGGGACGUCAUCAACUUACUCAACGUCCUUGGUAUCUCUCAUGAAAACGGCCGGAAGGCAAUGACGACGAACCCGAAAAUGCUCGUUUCCAGAGCCAUGUCUACUCGCCAGACUCACAAAGCCGUGAUCUCCAACCCAGUGAUCGUCUCUUCCUCGUCUCCUGCCGGCGCCUCUAAACGCCCGCUCCCGCCGUCCGAUUCUCUGGAUCCUCCCGUCCUCGUUCAAGGCUUUAAAUACACUGAUACUUCUAAUGAUAAGGACCUCAAGCGGCUCAAAACUUAAUCCCUUCUACUCUUGUUUUUCCCCUUUUCUUUCUUCCUUUUUUUCUUUCUUGAUAGAUCACAAAAAAUAUAAGCUAUAAGCUUACACCCUGUUUCCCUCCAAUGCCACCAAUCCAUCUGACCAAGA